GUUGUGAUUGACAGGAGCAACCCGUGAAGCAACGCAUGUCUCUGAAGCAUGUCAUCUUGGAGUUUACAGUGUUACCGCUCGUUCAUGAACAUUUGAGUAGCCUACAUUUUUUGCAAAGGAGACAGGUGGACGGUCCUCCUUGCCUGAUCUAACUAGCAGUCCUUCCUCAGAGGAACACUUUGUGGAUAAAUAUAAAGCUCAGCUGAUCCAAGAUGCGAGCAACGUUGAACUAGUUUUGGAUGAGCUCCUCACCAAGGGGGUUAUACAACAGGACAGUUAUGAUAAAAUCAGCGCUCUCCCAACCUCAGAAGAGAAAAUGAGGGAACUCCUCGAUGGUCACCUGAAAACUGCUGGAGACAAAGACAUCUUUUACAACAUCAUUGUAGUGCCACAACACAACCAAGGCCCAAGACUGGAAUCAGAAGUGUUGAGCGACAAGGCAGAUAUGGACGUUGGAAGAAGUUCAAAAAACCUGCAGUCUGAAGCAGGUGCCUUUGAAUGCAGUGUGUCUGGCUUGCGCUGGGUUUGUAAGGAAAAGGUCAGCUUCAAGUACCAGUUUUGCUCUUGGGAGGGGCACGCAGACAGACUGAAAACCAUGUGGUACAUCCCCGGAGGUCCCCUACUGGACAUUACAGUCAUUUUUGGAAAGUUAGAUGAAGCACAUUUGCCACACUGGAUCUGCACAGACAAGGAGCUUGCCAGACUGAGGCCUAAACUUGUGGAGAGGGUGUCCAGAGAGCUUAUCAAUCAGCUGCUGGAUGAUCUGUUAGAGGAUGGCGUCUUUAAUGACGGGGAGAAAGACUCGAUACUUCAGGAAAACAGUACCAGUGCAAACAGGGCACGUCGCCUCAUCGGCAUGAUACUGAAGAAAGGACGCAAAGCCAGCAGGAAGUUGUUAACUCACCUUCAAAGCAGAGACCCUAUGCUUUGGGCUGAGCUGGGGCUGCCCUCUGGCCCACCUGUGUAGUCAGGAUGCGGGUCAAGGAAGAGGGUCGUCAUUAACCUCAUGAGCCACAUCAGGGCCUGGCCAUGAUAUAGAAGCUCACCACCUACCAACAGAG